AUGGCCGCCAUCCUCAACCUCAGGAAAAAGACUCUCCUCGCCGCAUUGAUCAUGCUCAUCCUAGUCCUGUCCUUAGGCGGACCCCUAGUCUUUGUCCACUUUCCUCGCACAUGUAUCCCUCACGUCGACCUCGCACGGACAGGAACCAACGCACACCCCAGGAUCGUCAUGCUCUCAGGAGAACAAUGCACCUCAACCAAUCCACACAGCAAGUGCAAGAUGAUCGGGCCACUCUCAUACUACAACCGCCGAGAAUACCAGGCACAUCACCAAAACCGUUACGAUCUCCGAGACAACUUUACUUCAUACUUUGACGACGUCGUGAGUCAAGGCUACGUUCCUGCCUGGGCCAAAGUCAAGAUCUUGCUCGACGAACUCGAACGAAACGACCACGACUGGAUCUUCUGGAUCGACACCGACGCCUUGUUCACCAACAUGGACAUUGAGCUCGAGCGCUUUGUGGACGAUCGGUACUCUCUUCUUAUCACAGAGGAUCUGAACGACCUGAAUGCUGGUGUGUUCAUGCUCAAGGUUGACGACUGGUCUCGCAAGUUCAUGAGCGAUAUCUGGUCUCGGGUGAGCAACCGCCUCAACGAACAGGAACUCAUGAUUGCUAUGCUCAAGCAGCCCGAGUACCAGAAAGAACGUUAUGUCAAGUAUCUGCCCCAGUGCAGUUUCAACAGCUACUGGGAGGUGAAGUCCUUGCAUGGGAUGUACCGUCCUGGAGACUUUGCGAUCCAUUGGGCGGGGCACAAUUUUGAUCCUUUGACCUUUCAGAACUGGAGGCCGGAGCACCAUUUCAAGUUUGGGUACUGA